GGAACACACCAGACUCCUUCUGCCUUCCUCGUUCGCUUGGCCCGUUCGACCUCAGUACGACCUGCCACCCCCGUUCGGUUGUUUAUUUUUGUUUCUUUUAUCCGAGUAGUCGUGUGCCUGUCGUCAGUGUCGCGAAGCCCCCUCUGUGAUUGUGCGUAACGAGUUGCGUCGCUCUUUCGAUUCGGUUCCGUAGAUUUUCUCAAACGCUUCUUGAAGAUCUCCCUGGAUUUUAGACCCCGAAGAACACUGUUCGUACUGAAUUUUAGGAUAAGUUCAAUUUAUGCGUAGUACAACUCGAGUGAUUCGAAGAAUCAUUCGACGAUUAUUAGGUUCAGAAAUUUUCGGUGAUUAAUCGAUCUUGAAGAACUGCGAUCGACGAUCUCGGGGAACGCGGUGAAUCGGUUUCAAUGUCGGCUUACGGACAACGAGUCAAUUUUCACCCUUAAGCUCAGCGAGAGUAAACUAAUAUCGGUUUCAGCAAUUGACGCACGGUUUUGAGUGCCGAGUUAAUGAGUUUAUCUCGGAGAACAGUGACGGUAAUUGCUCAAGAGGCUUUUGCAGCGUUACAAGUUGGUGAAUAAACAUCGUGUUCGGUAAUUUAGACAAUUCUCAGCGUCAGGUUGACGAUCGAAUGCUGAAUUAGAGUCGAUUCUUACCCCGAAGACCGGUACUGACAAUUGCCGAAGAAGCCUCCGCAGGGCGACAUUGUGAAUAAACAAUCGUGUUUGGCAAUUCACGCGGUUUGCAAUGCCAGAUGUUAAUGGAGUGCAGAAUCAAUUUUUACUCCGAGGAAAAGUGACGGUAUAAUACCCGAAGAUUUACAAACACUGUGCUGAGUAUAAGUUUUGGACAGAUUUGGACCCUGAAGAGGAAGCUGUGAGAGAAGUGAAGAGAAGUGAACGGAUCAAAUAUCGAAGAAGUGCUAAAAAAUAUUGAGUAAAUUCUCGCCCCGAAGAAGAUUGUGAGUAAUUUCUUUAGAGUUAUAAACACCGUGUCGAGUAAAAUUUUGGAUACACGUCGACCCCGGAAGAACAAUCUGUGAAGAGUAUAAAGACAAGUGAAGAGACAGUAUCAAAGUGCGCGAUCAACAAUGCGCGAAUAACUGAUCGGAUGCCGAAAAGUGAAAGCCCGCAUUUCGAACAACAGGAACAUUCCCGUUCGCCAACAAUGCCAAUUAGUUCGAUAAUUUAGUGCCGAGGACCCAGCGAGGCUGAAGAAACAAAUCGCGAAGAUGAUGAACGCGUUCCUCGAGGGUGUGCCGUCGCACCCUCACCACCUGGCGAAUCUCGGCAUAAAACUUUCGCCGGGCGGAACGUCCGACGGUUCGGGGGUUCAGCCGGCGGCGGGCGAGGCGCCGCAGCAACAGCACUUCCACCCCCAGAGCUACGGUCACCACGGUCACGGGGGGCCUGGUCACAUGGGCCCCCACAUGGGGCAUCACAUGGGUCACGCGGGGUACGCGGCCCGGGAUUUCCUCCUGCGGCGGGAUCACGACGCCUUCGGCGGCGCGACGAACCCGCCGACGCCGGAAGGCGCGGGUCUGGGCCUCUUUCCGCCGCUGCAUCACGACGCCGGGGCCCCGGCGAUGCAGCAGUUCCCCCACCCCCACUCCCAGCACCCCCUGGCCGGCGGGCACUACGCCUCGCACUACCCCCAGGACUCGCGACUGGCCCCGCACCACCAGUAUCUCGGUGGGCCUCAUCUUCCCCCCGCUAUCCACCACCAACAACAUCCGGUAGCGCACACCGUACACCCCCACGGUGCCUUCCUGAGGUAUAUGCGCGGUGGCGCCACCCAACGGCAGGAGAUGUCGUGCAUGUGGGUGGACCAGGACGCACCCGGGCCCCGAAAGCUCUGCGGCAAGCUCUUCAACUCCCUGCACGACAUCGUCACCCACCUUACCGUCGAACACGUCGGGGGACCCGAGUGCACCACCCACGCCUGCUUCUGGCAGGGAUGCUCUCGAAACGGGAGGGCCUUCAAGGCCAAGUACAAGCUCGUCAACCACAUCAGGGUUCACACCGGUGAGAAACCGUUCUCUUGCCCCUUUCCUGGAUGCGGCAAGGUGUUCGCGAGGUCCGAGAAUCUCAAGAUACACAAACGCACGCACACCGGAGAGAAACCAUUCAAGUGUGAAUAUACCGGGUGCGAGAGGAGAUUCGCGAACAGCAGUGACCGGAAAAAACAUAGCCAUGUUCACACCUCGGACAAGCCGUACAACUGCCGGGUUUCUGGAUGCGACAAGUCAUACACCCAUCCAAGCUCUCUGCGCAAACACAUGAAGGUGCACGGCAUGACGCUUGGAGAGGGAAAGAUCGGAGGCGGUUACGAGAGCGAGGGUGAAGAGAGCAGCAGCAGCGGCGGCAGCCUCUCGGUGACGGGUCACACGGAGUCACCGCAGCCUCCGGCGGCGGUUCCGACGGCGCCGAGCAACGCGGCGCCUCACGCAGCCUCCAGAGGGCCGGAAUUGACGGAGUGGUACGUGUGUCAGCCGCCGGUGGCGCCACAGCACAGCCCGUUGCCGGGACCACCGCCGCCUCACCAUCUCAGCCAUCACUUUAACCCGCUGAUGCACCACCAGACGACUGCGUAUUAACCGCGGCCUGGCUGAUAGCCGCAAGGAGUUAAAGCGACGACGCUAAAACUCAGAAAACGCUUCAUCCCAGUCGAAGAGGAUGACCAGUAGCCAAAGAUGGACGCAGAGUCCUGCAGCCGAGCGGAUUUCGGCCCCGGGAAGAAUUGAUGCGGGAGAGAGGAAUCGAGCGCAGAUCGUGUGAGGGGCGGCUUUCAAUCUUCGGAAACAAACUCUCACUCUGUAUAACAACUGUUUUCGAAUCGAAAGCACCUUCGGCGCUGCGAGAUAAUCGAAGGCGAUCUCUGCGUGGACAGAGAAGCGUGAUGCAGACCAAAAAUAAACUUCGAACGAUGCACGGGAGACCGAGCUUGGCCAAGAUCGAAUCUCGACGGUUUCCAUUAACAUUUUUGAGGCGCCCAAAAUUAGCCCAGUUAACUUUUCAAUUUACUAUCUGUUUCGGGUUUUUAGAUGUUAUAACCUCUCAGAACGCGUUUGAAAAUUUAUUGUGCACCGUUCCUCCACCAAUAAUCCUACAGAUUUCUGUAUUAUAAAAGACUCUGACGUCCAGAUUGGUUUUAAAAAUUGACUGAUAGUUCCAGAGCUUCAGUCAUCGGCAUCGAGUUCGGUCUUCUGUCUCUAGUCUUUUUGGGCCCUAGCUUUGACGAUGUUCGUGCGCAGAUAAUGUGAUAUGAUGCUAUUUGUGGUUUUACCCUCAUUUUAAACAACCGUGGAAGAACAAGGCGUCUGUCCGAACUGAAUGUUAAAUCUUACUCAAUUGUAUGGAAAUGGAAGGAUUUUAAAGAGAAGGGGAUUGUAAGAUUACAUAAUUAAUAAAAACCCGCUGAAGUUCAAGCGAAAAAUAAAAUUCAUAAAUCCCCCGCUUUUUAUUCUCUACCCGUCUUAUAAUGUUCUCGCUCUUUUUAACUCAAAUGUAAUACGCUAUUAAUCCCCGUCUAUACCUGUAACGGAUGUACAAUUUCAGCCAUGUUUGUGCCUCAAUUUGCUAAUCAAAAACAAAAACAAAAAAAAAGACGAAAAGAAACAAAAAACAAAAAGAAAAACAGAAUUAA